GGUACGGCAGCCGACAAGGAUCAAACCAACCCCGUCCACGGUGGGGUGGGCGGGCACGGGAUCCUACAGGGAGCCAACCCAGCCCCUCCCCCUCCUGCUGCCACGCGGAGUCGGGCUGUAACCACGCCUCCUGCCGUCCGACGUACCCCACGCUCCGGAGCGCGAGGGGAUAACGACCCGUUCCGUCACCCGGCGCGAGCAGCCGGCACCAUGAUCACUUCCGGUUUCUCUUCCCCCAACCCCCCACCAGCAGCUCAGGAGGUCAGACCUGCCACUGAUGGUAAUAGCAGCAGCAGCUCCUCUUCCUCCUGCAAGAAGAGAAAGUUAAACAACAGCAGCAACAACUCUGAAAAAGAAGAGUUUGAUUCCAUUUCCUCCUGCUCCUCUUCUCCUUCUAAAAACUCAUCAUCUUCCUCUAUCAUCACCGCCUCUUCUGGUGGCCCCUCAUCCAACCAUCACCUGCAGAAGAAGCUGCGCUUUGAGGACUCCCUGGAUUUUAUUGGACUCGAUGUGAAGAUGGCAGAAGAGUCUUCCUCAUCCUCUUCUCCUGCUGCCUCUUCUCAGCAGCAGCACCAGCAACAAUUCAAAAAUAAAAGCCUUUUGAUUUCUUCUGUGGCUGUGGGGCAUCAUGCAAAUGGCUUGACCAAAGCUGCCUCCUCCACGGUCUCCAGUUUCGCCAACAGUAAACCUGGCUCUGCCAAGAAGUUAGUGAUCAAGAACUUUAAAGAUAAGCCUAAAUUGCCUGAAAACUACACAGAUGAAACUUGGCAAAAACUGAAAGAAGCUGUGGAAGCUAUCCAGAAUAGUACUUCAAUUAAGUACAAUUUAGAAGAGCUCUAUCAGGCUGUUGAAAAUCUCUGCUCCUACAAGAUUUCUGCAAAUUUGUAUAAACAAUUGAGACAGAUUUGUGAAGACCACAUCAAAGCACAAAUUCAUCAAUUCAGAGAGGAUUCGCUGGAUAGUGUUCUUUUUCUAAAGAAAAUAGACAAAUGUUGGCAAGAUCACUGCAGACAAAUGAUCAUGAUUAGGAGUAUCUUUUUGUUCCUGGAUCGAACUUAUGUUCUUCAGAAUUCAAUGCUGCCAUCAAUUUGGGAUAUGGGUUUAGAGUUGUUUAGGACUCAUAUAAUUAGCGAUCAGAAAGUUCAGAACAAGACCAUUGAUGGCAUUCUUCUCCUGAUUGAGAGGGAAAGAAAUGGUGAAGCUAUUGAUAGGAGUUUGCUCCGAAGCCUUCUAAGUAUGCUUUCUGAUUUGCAGAUUUAUCAAGAUUCUUUUGAACACAGAUUCUUGGAAGAGACUAAUCGUCUUUAUGCAGCAGAGGGACAGAGGCUUAUGCAAGAACGAGAGGUUCCAGAGUAUCUUCAUCAUGUCAACAAGCGAUUAGAAGAAGAAGCAGACAGAAUUAUCACAUAUUUGGAUCAGAGUACACAGAAGCCACUAAUUGCUACUGUAGAAAAGCAACUGCUAGGUGAACAUUUAACAGCCAUUCUUCAGAAAGGUUUAAACCACCUUCUUGAUGAAAACCGAAUUCAAGACUUGUCUCUUCUGUAUCAGUUGUUCAGUCGGGUCAGAGGUGGAGUGCAAGUUCUCUUACAGCAUUGGAUUGAAUACAUUAAGGCAUUUGGUAGCACUAUAGUAAUUAACCCAGAAAAAGAUAAAACUAUGGUCCAAGAACUGCUAGACUUUAAGGAUAAAGUUGAUCAUAUUAUUGAUGUCUGCUUUUUGAAGAAUGAGAAAUUUGUCAAUGCUAUGAAAGAAGCUUUUGAAACCUUCAUUAACAAGAGACCAAAUAAACCAGCUGAACUGAUAGCUAAGUAUGUGGAUUCAAAACUACGUGCAGGCAACAAAGAAGCUACUGAUGAAGAACUUGAAAAAAUGCUGGAUAAAAUUAUGAUUAUAUUUAGGUUCAUUUAUGGAAAAGAUGUCUUUGAGGCCUUCUAUAAGAAAGAUCUAGCAAAGCGGCUUUUAGUUGGGAAAAGUGCAUCGGUAGAUGCAGAAAAAUCUAUGCUUUCCAAACUCAAACAUGAAUGUGGAGCUGCUUUCACCAGCAAGCUUGAAGGAAUGUUUAAAGACAUGGAGCUUUCAAAAGACAUCAUGAUACAGUUUAAACAGUAUAUGCAAAAUCAGAAUGUACCUGGCAACAUUGAACUAACAGUGAACAUCCUGACUAUGGGUUAUUGGCCAACCUAUGUGCCUAUGGAAGUCCACUUACCACCAGAGAUGGUAAAACUUCAAGAGAUUUUCAAAACCUUUUACCUGGGAAAACACAGUGGUAGGAAACUUCAGUGGCAAUCAACACUAGGUCACUGUGUGCUAAAAGCAGAAUUUAAAGAGGGAAAAAAAGAGCUUCAAGUCUCUUUGUUCCAGACACUGGUGCUACUUAUGUUUAAUGAAGGAGAGGAGUUCAGUUUAGAGGAGAUAAAGCAAGCUACUGGGAUAGAGGAUGGAGAGUUAAGGAGAACACUCCAGUCAUUAGCUUGUGGCAAAGCUAGAGUACUGACUAAAAGUCCAAAAGGCAAAGAUGUGGAAGAUGGUGAUAAAUUUACAUGCAAUGAUGAUUUCAGACACAAACUCUUCAGGAUAAAGAUCAACCAAAUCCAGAUGAAAGAAACGGUAGAGGAGCAGGCAAGCACUACAGAGAGAGUAUUUCAGGACCGGCAGUACCAGAUUGAUGCUGCAAUUGUGCGAAUCAUGAAGAUGCGCAAGACUCUGAGCCACAAUUUGCUUGUGUCAGAGGUGUACAACCAGCUUAAAUUCCCAGUAAAGCCUGCUGACCUUAAGAAGAGAAUAGAAUCCUUAAUUGACAGGGACUACAUGGAAAGAGACAAAGAGAACCCAAACCAGUACAACUAUAUUGCAUAAACAUAUGUUGGCCUUUGUUUUUCUGCACAUUUGGUGUAUACUAAAUUGCCGGUGGAUAAACUAGCCUGUUGAUCCCAUUAUUUGACUUUUUAUACUACCGAGGAAUGAAUGAAAGCGGUGUAAUGGAAAAGUAUAGUAGAGUGAACUUUUUUCAGUGGUUAACAUGCCCAUUUAAAGAGUACUAUUUACAUUUUAAGAAGAAUGCUGUUGAACUCUUUGCAUGUUAUUUAGUAUGAUGUGCAGAAAACUGUAAGAAAGUACCUGGUCUUUGUGAUUCCAUUUGUCUCUGAGUCUGAAGAGGAGUCCCUUGGUAUAUGGCUAAUGUUCUUUUACACUUGUAUGAAGCAGAAGGUUAAUUAACAUACAGAAGAGAGCCUUUAAAAUGCUUAAACUGCAUGCAAACUUUUAAUUUACUGUACAGAAUACUGGAUAUAUCUAUCAAAUAGCAAAAUGACCAAUGAUUUUGAUUCACUCCUAUUUGGAUUUCACCCUUGGGGCUGGAUAAUAAUUACCAAGUCAAGUUAUGCUUAUUAUGUAGAAAACAUCUUCUCUUCCAAUUCAGACAAAAUGUAAAUGAAUUCGUAACAGCAUAAAAUGAUUUGUAAGGUUACAGAAUAUGUGCCAUUCUUUAAAUAACUGUGCUAUAGUAAAACUCUAAACAAGCUUAGACUUGUAUUUAUAUGGUUUACCCCAAAAUGUAAAGUAUUUGCUCUCUUCUUAAUAUAAAACAGCAGCAACAGAAACUCAGUUCUUACUAGCCAUGGGCAGGAGAGUACAACUCUCUGCAACAGUACUCAGCAAAAAAUGUAUUUUAAAGUGAGGCAAAAAGCAACUGUUUUUGCCAAAAACAACAACAACAACCCUACAUGAAUAAAAAUUACAAAUGGAUUUUAAUACUAUUUUUCUUUGCAACAACCUAAAUGGCUUGAACUUCAUCUUAGGUUUAGAAAGGGUGAGAAUCUUAUAGACGUGUCCUGCCUUGUAUUGCUUUUAGGUAUUAACUCAAUCCAACCUAAAGCUUUAAGAACUCAGCCCUGGACAGUAGCAGGCUUUGCUUCCAAGAGCCCAAAGUCUACCUCUCAUACAGAAAGAUACUUAAAUAUUACUUUAAGACACCUAGAUCCUGUUUUCUUCGUUUACAUGAGCAUUAUUUGGAUCUUUAUGAAACCUGGGAGUAAAAAAUUGCUUGAAUACAGAGACUCACCAAACAGUGCUUGACAUUUUUGCAACAGGAACCUUUUUUUCUCUAAGCAGAAUAUUUCAAGAUCAUAAAGUGGCAGCAUAAGUUAUUUUUUCCAGUUUUUACAGAUAUUUGAACACUCCUCUGCACAUCAUCUGGUCAGUCAUCUAGUUUCAGCCAUGCUGCAUAGCAGGAUGAAGACUCUGAUCCACUUUCAGGCAUCUACAUCCCUGAGAAAUGCCAGACAACCCUUGGAGGCAAGAAAAUGUUACUUUAUUUAAAAAUAAUAAUAAUGGCCUUUCCUUAACCUGUCUGAUUGGCACUCACCUAUUCUUAAUCUAUUCUUUUGUCAAUUUAAGGCCCUGUGGAAUACAUAAUCCCUAUAGUGAGUGUGUGAGCACAUAUGUAUGGUAUAAGUUGUCUCAAUUUUUUUCCUCAAACUUUUUACCAAAAGUGCUCACUUGAUAGAAGAAAAGAAGGUAGCUUGUCCCAAAUAAACAGUACCGCUUAUUUCUUAUCCUUCCCUCAAAGCUGACUUCCUGUAAAAUGUGCACAGCUCUCCACAUGAGCCAUAGUAAAAAACCUGUUAGUUUUUUUGCCUACUUGUUUGUUGUCAUUCUGAUCCAGUGAGAGACAUUCAGAGCCACCUUUACCUUCAAGAGGGAUAAUUUUUCCAGGCGGGUGUUUCUUGCUGGAGACUGCUUUGGCAGGGAGUCAGACAAGCCUUUAAUUAUUAGCUCACAAUCAGAGAGCCACUAGGGAGAGUAUAACAAUGAAAUUAAGAUCAUGGCUUUUCUAUAUUAUUUUUAAAUUUCUUUCAGUAUCAGUUGCAUUGUGUGUCUCUUCUCCAUGUAUGUGGGGAUUCUUUUCUCUCUAGGAUAUUGUUGGGGGAGGGGCAUCAAAAGGUUCCCUUUUAGGGAAGGAUGGAAACCAACAUAUUUGACUGCCCCUGCUCCAAUCUGUUGCAGCAGUUAAAUACAACCAAAGCCACAUAUUGAAAAAUGAGAUGGUUAGACUCUCUAAUUAGAUGGGUGUUAAAUUUCAACUAUAAUUAGCCAGAAGAUUUUGUGAGGGUUUUUUGUUUACUUUGAUAAUUCCAUUUAUUUCAACAUGUAAAUGCAGAGACUAUUGUGUAGGAAAUUCAUGUCCUAAAUUGUCAUCAUGCUUCAAAGAUUUGACACUGAAAACCAAAUUAACCUUUUCACUUGGAGUUCAGCUAUUCAAGUAACUCAAUGAAUGGUUUAUGAGAAUGCUGGCUAAACUAGAUACUGAAGAAAAGCAGGGGAAAGUAUGUCCUCAUAUCCCUUUAUUUACCACACUGGCAUAUCCCCCAACAAAUUGUUCAUUUCUUCUCUAGUGGUUUUUGCUCCUGGUUAGUGACAAAGCUGUAGCCAAGAUUAGCAUCCAGCUAUACUUGCUGGGAUCAUGUGCCUGCCUAUUGAGCCACAAUAUUAAUUUUGUUUUAGUGGGCUUGGACCACAACUCAUUUGGCUAUUGAACAGAUUGUCUGUCUGGCCACAUUUUUAAUCCUGACUCUUGCAUGCAGUUUAUAGCAGACUUGUUCAUAAGAAAAUGCAGUUUAUUCUUAGAAGUAUAUAUUUUAGGUUUUUAAUCUUUAUACCCAUAAAUGGACUUUUUUUUUGUCUUGGCUGGUUUAAAAAAAGUGACCAUUUUGUUUAAAUGCUGUAAUUGCGAAAGUGUUGUAAACAUUGUUUUGUUCUAUAGUUCACACAAAGGUGCCAAAGUAAAUAGUUAAUAAGAGACCUAACAAAUUUGUUAAGUUGCUUUAGCUGUGGUUUAUAUUUUGAUCUAAUGCUCAUUUUUGUCACAGUAUUUUUCAUUUCCCUAAACAUAUCAUUUGCCCUAAUGCUUUCUUUUAAACAAUGUUUUAUUUGUGCAUCUAAAAAAAAGUUGAAAUGCCACUGUUUUUUAGUGAUUUCAUAUAAUAGGAAGAGUAUUUUCUUUGAAAAGUUACAGUAAAGUUGUAAGAGUACAGCAGCAUUCAAAAAAAAUGUAAUAUACUUUUUGUAUAACAAUUCUUCAGAAGUAUGUCUGGAGUGGGAAAAAACUAACCCUGUUACUUUUAAAAAGCCUCUUCACUCGGCCACUAGACUAUAAAAUUGUGCUUGUUUACUGCAUCAAAAUGUUAUAGUUAUGCAGAUUUGCAAAUGGGGCAUGUCACCUUUGCGUCCUCUAAUGCAAAAAGCAAAACCUUUUUAAUGUUUCAUAACAAGUCUAAAAUGGGUACAGAGAGUCUUUGUUAAGUUGGUAAAUAAUGUAAAUAUAUGUCCUUUCAAAGAGUGAGUCUGUUAUCUAGGUAUUUUGUGUCAUUUAAUAAAUAUUAAACAGUUUUGUGUUGAUAAACUCUUA